AUGGCUGACGAAUGCCCAUCUGCCACUGAUUUGGCCACUGUCUUUCGAAAACUCCGUUCUUUGACGGCCAAUAAGGUGAGUGAAGUUAUCAUUGAUUUGAUUGUUGGUUUAGACUUGUUUCGAUUGUGGGGCGAGGAAUCCCACUUGGUCUUCCGUCACUUAUGGAGUCUUCAUUUGUAUCGAUUGCUCAGCGACUCACAGAAAUCUUGGUGUACACAUUACUUUUGUGAGGUCGACAAAUUUGGAUACAAACUGGACAUGGAAUCAACUUAGAGCUAUGCAGGUUGGCGGAAAUGCCAAUGCGGUAAGUUUUGGGGGUUUUAUUAUUUUUUUAUCCAUGAUCAAUAUUUCAAAAAUACUUAUGGCGUUCUUUUUUUCUUGAAUUGGAAGGUCGAGUUUGCAAGAAACUACUCAGAUUUACUCGCUGAUUUGCCUUUUAAUAGGUUUCUUUUUAUAGAUAUUAUUCUUCCUUUUGUAUAAUAGAUUUAUAUUUGAAAUCUUAUUCCUUGCUAUAUCUUGUACUUGCAGACCACGUUCUUCAAACAACAUGGGGUUGACACAACUGACGCACAGAGAAAAUAUAAAAGUCGGGCCGCGACCCUGUAUAAGGUAAGUCAAAUUACAAUUUGUGUUAUCUGUUUAGAGCAAACUUGCGGAAUUGGCAGCUCAGGCUCAUAGACAGAAUGGAACUAAGCUCUUGAUCGAGACUGAAGUCAUAGAUUCACCGGCAACUCCAGUCAAAGACGACUUCUUUGAGCAAGACUUUUCCAAACAUGCCGAACCAGUAGUGUCAACUGAGAACUUGGGAUCGGCUUCUAUGGUCAGGGACGACUCUGAUCAGCUAGCUAAUCCAUCGUUGGCUCCACCUGUGAAGAAACCAAUCAAGAAGAUCACUGUGAGAAUUUUUAUUGACAGUUUUCCUUUUAGAUGGUACAGUGUAAUAUAAUUUUUGAUAUUUUCAGUUAGGAGCGAAGAAAGGAGGUCUUGGAGCGCAGAAGAUUAAGACCAAUUUUGAUGAUUUUGCUCAAAAAGCAGCGGAUUUGGACAAGGAACGAGAAGCUUUCUCCAAAUUGGCUCUUCAGGAACCAGCACCUCCACAAGAACAACCAGAAGAUCAACGGGCUAGAAUCGCCUCCAAAUUCUCUAUUCAGGACGUUGCCAAACAAAGAGAACAAGUGGAAAAGGUAAUUCAGCCAGGCAAAGACCAUUUUUACAUUAUUCUUUCAUGUGUAAUAUAAUUUUAUUGUUGUAUACUCUCCAUCUUUGCUUCAGAAGAUCAAGAAUGACCCGAAUAAGGCUGAGAUGUCCGAGAGACUUGGAAUUGGCGGUCUUGGUCGAGGUGGUGUCAGUCAUUCGGUUGGCAUGAGAUCAAUCCAACAAGAAGGAGUUACCAAGCUUGCGAACAAAAAAAGUACAGACUCAUUCCAGUCCGACGAAUGGGAAGUGGUCACUGGAGAUGAUAAUAGGUAAGGGUUUUUCAUAGUUUGAGUUUAUUUUUUAGAUCCUCUGGACUCGAUGACCUCUCGGAUCUGCCCAAAUCCAAACCUCGGGAAGACUUUAUCGAUACAUGGGAACGAUCGCUACCUCCAUCGUAAGUUAUUUCAGAGAGUUUUGGGAAUUUUUGAUACUUUUUUGUUUGAAUGGAGAUUAUGAUUUUUGAUUUUGAGAAAAUUUUAUGUCACUUUAGUCAAUUUGAUGUAAAAUACGAGUCAGGGUAGUGAUGUUUUAUUUCAGAAAGACCUACAGAGCCCCAGUUCAGUCCACCCCUGCCCCGGCUGUCGAGGUUGACCCAAUGAAGAAGUUCGGAAAUGCGAAAGCCAUCAGUUCUGAUCAAUAUUUCGGGAAAACAGAUGAAAUGGACUUUGAAACUCGCUCAAAUUUAAGCCGGUUCGAAGGCCAAUCGGGUAUUGGAUCGGCUGAUUUGUUCGGCAACGGACAACAGCAGCCAAGCGGGUUCUCCUACUCGGAUCACGUUCCAGAAAUGGCUGAUAUCAAGGAUAGUGUAAGACAAGGUGCUAGCAAAGUGGCUGAGAAACUCUCCAACAUCAGCAGCUCAUUCAGUGCAUAUCUCGGGGUAAGUUGAGAGUUUUGAACAUUUGUUCGACGCUUCCCUUCACAUUUAACCCGGUGUUUUUAACAUUUGUAUUAUACUAGACUACUAGAUUUUGAAGGUGAAUAUCAUGUGAAGCAGUCCUCUGUAUUGGGUGUAAUAUAUGUUUUGCUGACCCUCACCGCCUUGUCUAACCCCCCGAAAUAACAAACCUCUUUCAGCGGACGGCUAAUUAACGAGACGAGCGGCUUGAAUGUGAUGUGUAAUAUCCCGAAAGGUGGUCGAGUCGAUGCCCUCUGUCCCCUGCUUCUCUAUCCCUAACCUUUCCCCGCCCCAGGGCAUAAUACGAAGACCGUCUUACUGUGAUAUAAAUUUUGUUUCAGGACUAA